AUGUCGACCAUCGCCAUAGGAAAGACUGCAAAUCUCACGCAUUCCCGGUACUCGCUCUUACUGUCAAAUGGCAAGCGCCUGGUUCUUUUCCGUCUCCCAAAAAUCCAUGGGUCCGGUGUGCCCGCGCUACAAAAGCCCGAUGGUUGGACUUUUUACGCCAUGGAGGCUGAGUGUCCCCAUGCAGGCGGUCCAAUGACAGAUGCUCACAUCGACAUCGAGGACUCUUCCUACAUCGCGUCGUGUCCGUGGCAUGCGUAUGACUUCAAUGUCGAGACUGGUGAGUCGAGUUACGGCAGCAAGGCCUGCACAUUUCCCGUUACCGUCGACGAUGGCCGGGUGAGCUUGCAAUUUGCCGAGGCAGACAACGUGCAGCUUGCGAAGAUGGAGCCAGUUAGCGAGACCGUAAAAUACAAACACGGCCGAAGAGAGCAGCCCACCGGAUCUCCUACAUUCCUUGGCGAGGGCGCGUCCUUAUGCGACUGGUGUGUCCAUAUCCUCAACACAUGCAACCCCGAACACAAGAUUGAGCUUACUAGCCACCUGUUCUCCCUAUUCGCUACGCGGGAGCAGUCACCUUCCCCCAUGCGGCUUGGGGCUGGAACGGUAACUGCGCCUGAUGAGCCCCCACGUGGUGACCUGAAAGAGGUGAGACCGGGGCAGAUGCCCAAGGGUGGGAAGGGAGGAAGUCUCAAGAGCAGGAUCACCAUUCUCCAUGCCCUGGCCAACAUAGAACAAUGGGCGAUCGACCUUGCGAUCGAUAUAUGCGUUAGGUUCGCCACGUUUCAGACGACGGUGCCGACCACAGACUUGUCCCAACAGCUGCCGAGGACCUUCUAUUAUGACUGGCUCAAAGUCGCCAACGACGAGGCGAAGCACUUUUCUCUCCUGCGUGCAAGACUCGAAGAACUGGGCAGCCAUUUCGGUGAUUUGCCAGUCCACCAUGGCUUAUGGGAGUCUGCCACGAGGACGGCACACGACCUUCGCGCCAGGAUAAGCGUGAUCGCUCUCGUCCACGAGGCUCGUGGUCUUGACAUCAACCCGCUUACGAUCGAGAAGUUCCGCAACGCCAAGGACGCGGAGAGCGUCGACGUCUUAACCAUCAUCCACAAUGACGAGAUCACACAUGUUACGACGGGCCACAGAUGGCUGUCGUGGAUAUGCCAGCAAGAAGGCACUGAUCCGGUACAAGUCUUUCGGAGCAACGUUCAGAAGCACUUUAGGGGUGCGGUGAAAGGCCCCUUCAAUGCAGAGGCUCGGGAACAAGCUGGGAUGGACAAGAGCUAUUACGAAGACCUAUACGGGCAACCAUGUAAGGGAGACGUUAUUGCUGGGGGUUGA